GAGAAAGAAAAAGAAAAAAGUGAGAAGCAGAGUCCAUGUGCGCUUAUUGUAGAGGGGGAACUGCUGGGUGUGAUGGCGCUUUUGCAUUAGUACUUGUAUGAACAGGAGAGUUGGGAACAGUUGUUUUGUGGAACUCAAGGAAUGGCCAACGCUGUGGUGUCGUUGGAAACGUCUGACUGAAUGACAAUGGCUGAGGCAAUUCGUUGUACUUUGUUGAAUUGCAACUGUGACAACUUUAAGCCUGGGAAGCUGAAACGACGGCAGUGUGAACACUGCAAGCAUGGCUGGGUUGCACACGCUCUGAGUAAAUUGAAGGUGCACCACGUGUAUCAGAACAGCCAGGUGGAGAUUGUGCAUUCCAACGUGGUGUUUGACAUCUGCAGCCUGAUGCUGUAUGGAACCCAAGCUAUUCCCAUACGCUUGAAGAUCCUCUUGGACCGGCUUUUUUCCGUUCUCAAACAGGAAGAGGUUAUCAAGAUUCUCAAUGCGCUUGACUGGACGCUACAGGACUACAUACGAGGAUAUGUACUCCAGGAUGUAACGGGGAAGGUACUGGAUCGUUGGACUAUCAUGACAUUUGAGGAGGAGAUUGCAAUGCUGCAGCAUUUCCUUCGCUUUGGUGAGACCAAAUCCAUAGUGGAGCUCAUGGCUCUACAAGACAAGGAGGGGCAAGCAGUUUUAGUUCCCAGCACUUGCACCAUCUCAGAUAUUCGCACUUUCAUUGAGCGUAACACUCCGUGCCCUGCCACCAACUUGUCUCCAACCAAAGCAGAGAAGCAGAAUGGCAACAGCAUGCACCACUUUGAGAACUUCAUUAAUGGCAUGGCCUUCAUGCUGCCUUUCCAGAUGUUAAGUUCUAUUCCAGCUCCAUUUCUUGGCUCCUCAGCAGGUUCACACCAGCAGCUUCACCAACAACACCAGGAAUCAUGCCAAGGAUCAGUAGAGCAUCAGAGUCAGAGGCAAGAUGAUCAAGAGCAGGACAAUCCAGUAAGUGAUAACCCCCUUCAUAUUCCAUAUUCAGCAGACAGCAGCCAUAUCGGUUCCAACUCUGUUAUAUUUACUGCUGAUCAAGACCAAGGUGGAGACAAACGCGUUGAAUGUCUUUCCUCGACAACAAAGAUUGAAGUGGAAGAUUUUUCAACCAGUGACAACUAUUCUGAUGGGCCCCCCACACCCUCCAUGAUCUCUGAUGUGAUUCAAAUGUCACCUGUUGGUAAACUGCACAAUGAGAGCAGUGGAGUGGGGAUUUCAGUCGGAAGUGGGGGCGGAGGAUCUCUGAAGAAGGGCCGUGUAUUUUGCAAUGCCUGCGAGAAAACAUUCUAUGAUAAAGGCACACUGAAAAUCCAUUUCAAUGCAGUGCACUUGAAGAUUAAGCACAAGUGUACAAUUGAAGGAUGCAACAUGGUAUUCAGUUCACUGCGCAGUCGCAACCGCCACAGUGCCAAUCCUAACCCACGACUUCACAUGCCCAUGAAUCGCAACAACAGAGACAAAGACAUAAGGGACAACUUGUCUGCGGAUGAGUGCUCUCCUCGAGAGAAAACAUCUGAAUAUGUCACAUCCAUUCCAAUCUGCUCUACAGAAAGUCACAAGUCAGUUCCCAGCUACAUGGUGAACCAGGUGGAUUGUGGCCCAAAGAUGCACAGCAACUCUUUCCCCAGUAUAGGCCAGAGUGCCAUUCUCUUUCCCAAUUUAAAAACAGUACAGCCAGUCCUGCCUUUCUACCGCAGCCUUGUUACCCCAGCAGAGCUUGCCAACACCCCAGGAACACUACCCUCACUCCCCCUACUAUCAUCGUCGGUUUCUGUAAAACAUACCACUGUUUCUGACAUCUGCAACGCUGACCCCAUACCCAAAAAAAAGUCUCGAAAGUCAAGCAUGCCAAUAAAGAUUGAAAAGGAGAUGGUAGAACGAGAUGAGCAGAUUGAUGAGGGGAGUAACUUUGAAGAGGUCAUUUCUUUACUGGACAGAGACAAAGAAGAAUGUGAUGGUCACAGAGCAGAAGGACAAAUGUGCUUUGUGAGAGCUGGGAUUGAGCACAAAGAGAAAGGGAUGUAUUUUGAUGAGGACCGAGAAAGCAAAAGUAGCAAGUCUUGUAUACUCCAAACUAUAGGGAUGUCACAGGAAGAGCACAAAGAUUACAACACACAACAAGUAGAAAGACUGACCACCAUUAGCUCGUGCUCUCCUUUUAAAAAAAAGUUGAUUCAGACCCUUGGUGACACUCAGGUGGGCAGUCAGGAACUCAAUUGUGAUGAGGAAAGUGAUGGUAAAGAGUGUACAAAUACACAAUAUGAAGAUGAUCAGGUUUCAAAGCUGAAGUGGAGUGACUACAAGCUGACUAAUGGGAAUGCUCUUCAACUUUCAGCCCACAAGAAGGAAGGAUCUGAGGCCAGUGUAGACUGUCAUGAUAACUCAAGUUUAUCAGACCUUGACUCUUAUACUUAUCAGUUCCACCCCUGUGAAAUCUGCAGUAAGACUUUUAAGAACCCCCAUCGUGUCAAGAUGCACUACCAAAAUGUGCACCUUAAGGAGAUCCACAUGUGCACAGUCAAUGGCUGCACUGCAACGUUUCCCUCACGCAGGAGCCGAGACAGACAUAGUGCAAAUUUGAACCUUCACCACAAGCUGAUGACCAAAGACCUUGAAAACCAAACAAAUUUCCUCUACACUCCCUCAACCCACUACCAAGAGAGAGACUCUGUUGCCAUGGACAGAGAUAUGUCUCUUCAGGAACCAAGCUGCCAGAACUCUGUGGUAUUCAGAGGACACAAUCGCAUGGGUUUGGUCUACCCCAUGAGCAAAAUUCAAACACCUUUAGCAAGCAAUGAAACAUCUCAAAAAACAGGGAUCUGUGUAUUAAGAGGGGGAAGUGGUGAAGAUGGGACAGUACUGGACCUUAGCACCUCUUCCUGUGCUCCAAUUCACUGCAGCAGCAGUGGCCGAUCCUGCUGGGACUCAGAUGGAGUUGACAGUAAAGAAGGAGAUGGUGCUGAGGAGGAUGUCGAGGGGCUCCAUAUGGAGGACAGUGAGGAGAGCUCUGACGACAUCAGCGGUGGGAGGCCUGGACGAGGGAUGUUGUUGCAUGGGGGAGGGGAGAUCUUGAUUUGUGGUGGGGAAGCACAGAAUGGACUUCAGGGAAGGGGAAGUGGGUCUCCAAUAACCUGCCACUUUUGCCAAAAGGUCUACAGUAACAAAGGGACUUUCAGGGCCCACUACAAGACUGUCCAUCUCAAAUUGCUUCACAAAUGUAAAGUUCCUGGGUGUGACACUACAUUUUCUUCAGUACGCAGCAGAAACAGGCAUAGCCAGAACCCAAACCUCCACAGAAACCUGGUUGUUAGCACAGGUGCAUCUAUUGACCAGGGAUAGAGAUUGUGGCAGAUUUCAAUCAGCGAAGUCCUCCUCGUGUUAUUAAUUUUCAGAGCAACUAAAAGGCUCAUCAAUUAGGACUUCUAAAAUUACAGUCCACCUCGUCAAUCGUUUGGGGGAAAGAAAAACAAACAAAAAACAAAGUACAAUGCUCUGUGUAUACAAAAAAAAAAAACAAGUGAACAAUACGUACAUGUGCCAGUGUAAGUCUUGUGCAAUGAAAUCCUGCCAGAUUAUGUUUUUUGGUCCAAAUUUCAAUUCACAUCAUUUCAAUCUGUAGUAAGAGAUGAUGUACGUGUAUAUAUAUUUUUCCUGGUGUUUUUGUGUUCAAUUAUUCACAGCUUUACUACAAAGGUGGACAUAAUAUAAUAAUCAAGAACAAUUGUGAAGAAACUUGUACAUGUGUCAUAUGGUUGAUUUUGACAACGGUUUUUGAAAAAUGUUGGUCAAAGAUCUGCAGUGUUGUUAGUUGACCAGUAAAAUAUUGUAUGUUUUUUCUUUGUGAUAUGUAUUGUUCUCUUUCUAUACUGUUCUGUUAGAUACUACAAAUCUCGACCAAAGAUUUUUCAGUUCACAGGUGUAUGUAUAUACAGUGGAAAGCCCUUCACAUUGAGUAAAAGGGUAUGCAGUAUCAAAAAAGCCAUGUCCAUAAAGUACUUUACACACUUUACACCAGUAUACAGGCUUCGGCUCGAUUGUAAUAGAAAAUAAAGCACAAACCAAAAAAAGUGUGUUGAAAAGCAGUCUUGGUUAAUGGGAUUUGUAAAUCACAUAGGACCUGUUUUAACAGAGGAAUUUAUUCUGUUGUGUUGGCUUCCUCAAUUGGCCUGACUGACUGGAGAAAGAACUUACAGCUACUUAAUGUUUGGAGGCUUGCAAUACAUGUACUGUGAAUGAGUCAAACACUGAAGGAUAAAAUAGUAAUAAAAAUGCUGCAAACGUGUUUACACCUAAACAUACACACAUGCAAAACCAUUAAUAAAUUGUUUCUUGUACUGUGAAUACAAUAGUGGCUUUGUUAAAUUAAAACAUGCUGGUACAAUGGUAAUUAGGGUAAUUUCUUGGCAUUAAAAUUUUUAUAUUUUCUUUGUUGGGGUGUAUUUUUUUAAUGAAUGACAGGAAGGUUGUGUUGUACACUAUGGUCAUUGAUACUGUAUAGGCUUUCUCUUAUUUGUUUUUCUUUGUGUGUUUCCAACCAAUGG